UUCAAAAAAUACUGAAGAAACAAUUAGCAGAGGGAGAGCGGUAUGCAGGCGAGGAUCAUGGAGUCUAUGGCCACAGGCUGGAGGAGGCAGCGGCAGCCUUUGCAGGAGGAAGACGACAGCCCUCAAGCCGACGUACUGAGGAGGAAGCCGUCGUCCAGCUCCCUCAACGCACUCCGCAUGUCCCUGAGGAAGAGACUGCCUCUCAAGCAGGUGGACUUUAACGUGGAGCACACUCCAACCUGGGAGAGCCUGGAGCUCGGCAAGAAGCCCACUGCUAUUAAAGCCCUGGGGCGGACGGCGAGGAACACAUGGGGUAACGUCUCCCAGAAACUCCAGAAGAGACGGCAGAGUCGCAGUGAGUUCCUGGUGGUCACUCCUUCAAAGACCGAAACUCCUCGAACACCUGGGAGUGGUUCAAAGAAAAGAACACCACGCAGGACCCCUCGCAGCACGGAAGGGAGGCUCCGCGGGACCCCACCCAGCGGGAGACGCACUCCUGGCAGUUCGAAGGCCAGCUGGAGGGAUGUUGGCCCUCCAGGCCAACUAGGCAAGGAUGGGCUCCCUUUGAGAAGGUCGAUUAGAUCUGCUGCAUUGAAGAGUCCCUAUGGCACACCGAGGGCCAUUAGCAAGCAAAGACAGUUUGACCGAGAUCUAGAAACUGUGUCCUUUGGAAUUGGCCAGUUAAAACGUCUGUCCCAGGUUUUUGAUGAAGCCAUUACCAAGGAAGAAAGUGAUGUAACACUUUCUCUAAUUGAUGACUGAAGAAAAUGGAAGAGAGAGCACAAGCAAUUGAAAAUUACUAUCAAGUUAUGUCAAAGAACCUGCAGAUGUCAAAAGCGCAGGCUAAGAAAUUGUUGUCUUCAUCUGUCAGAAGAAGAACAGUAAGGCUUUGCUCUACUCUCACCAACUGGGCAGAUGAGGCUUUAGCAAGUAUAACAGAGCGGAGAAGAGAAUUGAACUGAGUGUCAACUGCCUGCGAUUGCUUCCAUUUUGGAUUUCUGCCUCGAAGUUUCCAAGAGGAAAACAAAAUGACAUAAUCCAUUCCUUUUCUGCUUCUGUCUCAUCGUAAAUACAGUAUUAGGGUAUAGCGGCAUAAAAUUCCAUUUUAUAACCAUGUUGGCUUUGGUAUAUAAAAGUACUGACUUGUUCGUAUUUUAGCUUAUUUCAAAGUUUUUGUUCUUGUCCUCAAUGGAACUGGCUAUCAAAUGUGAAUGCAACAGCAUGCUGGCUGAUAACAUAGUGCCAAUUUAGUGCUAAUCAACAAAGACUAAAUUUCUUCCAAAGCGUACAAGUGAAGUUUUGUUGUCUCAGUAAUUAUUAGUGUUAAUCCUGAUAUGAAGGUUUUCAAUGUUCAUAAUUAAUUUUAAUAUACCCUGAGGCCCUGUUAAUAUCUUGACAUCCUGCAGAUUCCUUUUACCAAAGAUAGCAAAAUGACUUGCAGAUAAAACUGAAGUUUAUUGUAUAUCUUGCAGAUAACUUCCUCUGUUUCCAAUUCUGAGUAAUUUGUUUGCUGUCUAGGAUCAGAAUGGCUCUGGAAUAAUCAAAUGGAAUAUUAAGUAUUGGAAUCAACUGAGGUUUCCACACUUAAGUAUUCACAAAGGCUUAAACAAAUCUUCCAAUUCAUUAUCAGUGCGAGACUCCAGUAUUUUCACAAUUUUGUCAUGUUUUUAUUUAAUUGGGGAAAAUUAACAGCUUUGGAAUGUCGCAGAGUAUGCUAUUCUCUACAUGUACAAGUGGCCUGUUUGUGCUGUGGCUUUGUAAGGCUCUCAGCUCCUGCCGUGAUACUUAAAUUCAACUUUUGCACUUGUGAUGGUAUUGAAUUUGCUGAUCACAAAGUUCUAAACUCCAAAGUUCCUGAGCCCUAUCGGAUAUACUGUAGAUUGUUACAGGCACCCUCACUAAAGGGAGGUUAUACUGUAGCCACUCAGUCUACAAAGGUUAGUUCACUUCCCUGUUCAUCCUCCAUGGCGUGUUUAGCUGACAAUACCCACUAUUUGAGUGGUGGGUGCUUCCUCUAUGAAGGAGAAACUUCCAGCUAACAAAGUAGUUUAGUUUAAACAUAGUUCAUUAAUUUUUAAUGAUAAACAUUUAAGUUUAGUUUGUGUUAAAACAAAUAAAAAUCCUCUGAACUUCCAAUCUUAAAAAGAUUUCCAAAACACAGGUACAAUUCCUCUAAGCUGAAAACAUGCAAACACAUCGUUCAUCACAGAACCCGAAGAAAUUUAUUCCAUUUUAUCAUGUCUUUGCCAUGCUUUUUGAUAUGGCUUAACCAUUCCUAAUAGCCUGACUGUUCUCUUACAUAUUUGUACUGUUUUCCUACCACUUUGUUGACUUCACACAAGUGUUAUUCUUUCAGAUACCUUUCUCACAUGGGUGGUCUAAAAGCUUCUGGGGACAAAGUUCCCAAACACCCACAAAUGAUGCCGCGAAGCUGACUCUGUGCACAUCUUCCAACCAUCCAUAGAUGAGCUAUUUGAUGUGCUAAGUGAUGGUAUCAAUUUAGUCUCAAUCUGGAGGCCCUCUGACUACAUAGCCUUUUAAAGAAAUGGUAGUGGAAUAAGUUUUUAUAUACAAGUUAUCAGUAUAGCAUGUGCUGGGGUAGCCACCUUUCUGCUUGUGAUAAGUCUUUUGCCAUUGUAUACAUAACUUGCAAGAUGUAGUAAGACAGAUUAAGUCAAAAAUAUAAACCAUGAUAGUAUAAUGCCAUCAUUAGCACUGAAAAGGAAACUUUUUUUUGGUUACUACCAAAACCCUGACCUCCCUUACCAUAGUAAAGUCCAUCCCUGCAGUUUGUUUUGCUUGUAAAUUAGCCAAUUAACUACCAUAGCAAUGUAAGUGGCCUGGAGUAUCUCCCAAGAUGUGUAGCACCUGUUUUAUUGGUUGAGUCUUUAAUAAUUCAUAAAUAUUCUUCCAUGUGAAAGGCAAGUAGUGCAAACACACAGCUAACUUAAUUAUCAAGAAAUAUCAAUAUUAACAUCAACAUAUAAAUUGGGACUGGUUCUGUCAUAUUUACUUGUUUCAGACAUAAUUCUUGUGCUUUAGCCUCUGCAAAUUAAGCUAAUUGACUCCCUAAAAGAGGCUCCUGCCUGUAAUUGAGUGGAUCUUUCUUCCUGGAUUUUCAGUGCUAAUCCAUCACAGUAUCAUAUUUGGGAAUGGUUCUCUGAAGGAUGUGCUACAUUUGGUUGUGGAGAUGAUGAACCUGCAUCUUCCAUAACAGGUGAGGAUUGUAAGUCUUGUCUCUUAGAAAUGUAUUCCCACUUUAAAGCGUCAUCUGGUAAAAGUGUUUACCAUUUCCCAUAUCUAGUUAUGAUAGCUCUCCAUUCAUUUGUUGGUAAUUUGCUAUCAUUUUCUUGAAGGUGCAAACUCUGUAUAAUUGGUAUGUUCCCUUGCAGUGGUCUCAAAGAAUACCACAGUAAGCCAUCAUUACCAGGCAGUAAAUUUCUGUUCUACUGGGGUGAAAUUGAGGUUUGGUGUAUGUGUCCUUAUUAUAGCAAACGGCUAUGGUGGUUUUUGAAGAAACACAAAUUUGCAGAACGAAAUCUUAAGUCUCUUGAUUGGAGAUCUUUACUUGCUGGAGUGCAUUCAUCAAUUUCUCUAAUGCCUCGAUCUUCUGAGGUAAAAGCAUUCGUUAUUUUCCGUUGUACAUCUGUUGUAUAAUUGUUUUAACAAUUGAGCAUAGUCAGCCUUGAAAACUCUGGCAUAAGAAUCAAUACGCCUAAGGAUGAUUGUAAGGCCUUUGGGGUCUUUGGAUAUCCCAUUCAAAAUUUUUUCUUUGUCUAGAUUCGGGGGUUAAACUAUGUCUCUUAUUUGGUAAUUACCAUCCAUAGGAAAUUUACUUCUGUAAUAGAGUUGAGAUUUUUAAAUGCAAAUACAAGAUCUGUGUUUUUUUUUAAAAA